AUGACUCGGUUGGCUAGCGCCGUCGUCCUGUUGUUCCUUGUCUCCCUCUCCGGUUUCGCUGCCGGUAGCCGGGACCUGAUCGGUGACGUUUUACGGUUACCUUCUGAAGCUUCUAGAUUCUUCGGCAGAGGCGAUGAUGGCCCUGAUGAGCAAGACGACGGCACCGUGGGGACCAGAUGGGCUGUUUUGAUCGCUGGCUCAAAUGGAUACUGGAAUUACAGGCAUCAGGCUGAUAUUUGCCAUGCCUAUCAACUACUGAAGAAAGGUGGGCUGAAAGAUGAAAACAUUGUUGUAUUCAUGUAUGAUGAUAUCGCUUAUAACGAAGAGAACCCUAGGCCCGGAGUCAUCAUUAACAGCCCACAUGGUGAUGACGUUUACAAAGGAGUCCCAAAGGAUUACACCGGCGAUGAUGUUACUGUUAACAACUUUUUUGCUGCUAUCCUUGGAAAUAAAACUGCUCUUACAGGGGGUACCGGGAAGGUUGUGGACAGCGGUCCAAACGAUCAUAUUUUCAUUUACUAUUCUGAUCAUGGUGGUCCUGGAGUUCUUGGGAUGCCUACCAGUCCAUAUAUUUAUGCCAACGAUCUAAUAGAAGUCCUGAAGAAGAAGCACGCAGCAGGAACCUAUAAAAGCUUGGUAUUUUAUCUUGAAGCUUGUGAAUCCGGAAGUAUCUUUGAGGGACUUCUUCCUGAAGGUUUGAACAUCUUUGCAACUACGGCAUCAAAUGCAGAAGAGAGUAGUUGGGGGACUUACUGCCCAGGAGAGUAUCCUAGUCCUCCCCCGGAGUAUGAAACCUGCUUGGGUGACCUGUAUAGCGUUGCUUGGAUGGAAGACAGUGACGUACACAACUUGAGGUCGGAAACUUUGCACCAAACAGUUAAAACGAGGACAGCAAAUGACAAUUCUGGCUUUGGUUCUCAUGUCAUGCAAUAUGGCGAUGUAGGGCUCAGCAAGGAAAACCUCUUUGUGUAUAUGGGGACAAAUCCUGCAAAUGAUAACUACACUUUUCUGGGCGAGAACUCCUUGAGGCCAUCUACAAAAGCUGUCAACCAGCGGGAUGCUGAUCUUGUCCAUUUCUGGCAUAAGUACCGCAAAGCUCCUGAAGGCUCACCAAGGAAAAUUCAAGCUCAAAAGGAUUUUGUUGAAGCAAUGUCUCAUAGAAUGCAUAUGGAUCAAACCAUGAAACUUAUCGGGAAACUCCUGUUUGGAAUCAAGAAAGGUCCAGAAGUGCUCAACGCUGUUCGACCUGCUGGGCAGCCACUUGUUGAUGACUGGGACUGCCUUAAGACAAUGGUGAGGAGUUUUGAGACAUAUUGUGGAUCCCUAUCGCAAUACGGGAUGAAACACAUGCGGUCCCUGGCAAACAUCUGCAACGCCGGAAUGACAAAGGAGCAGAUGGCCGACGCUUCAGCACAAGCCUGCUCGAGCGUUCCUUCUAGCCAUUGGAGCUCCCUGCACCGGGGGUUCAGUGCAUGA